UGCUACUAGAAUCCUCCGGGUUUUUUUGCUACUGUAGAUCAACCUGGCUCUUCUCCCUACAGUUUCAACAAAACUCCUGUUUUAUGAUGCCCUUGAGCCCCCCCCCGCUAGAAACGUCAGGGUGCAAAUUCCCAGCUCCCCUUCUGUUUACACAGAAAUCGGUUUACAGUAUUUGGACCUCAGAGGAGAGCUAGUGCACAGGUUACUCAGGCUGGCGUGCGGUCUUGUUACCUUAAGUAGCCUGAGCAUUGUACACCUACAGGCAGCCUUGGAUUUGCCUCUGGAUUCGAAUCCUUCGUAAAAUGUAGAGCAGAAUCUCUUUCCGCACACAAGAAGGUCAUUAGGGCCGCUUCAGGGCCGAAAGGUAAUUGAAGAAGAGAUCCGAACCUACCAAUUUCUCCAAUAAGCUAAACUGGUCAGGGGUAACUUAAAGCUUAUUCGCAAGGACAGAAAUUUCAAACCUUGAUGCUUGUGAGCAAAGCCAUUGGCAGAUUUAAAAAAAAGAGUGAACCGCCUCUCCUGUAACUUCUGUCUGUGUGCUGAUGACUUUCUUAUGUAUUUGUCAAUGGUGCUGAGCAUUUAGCAGCCCGAUUGGUUGGGUUCCCAAUGAGUAUCACUGUUGUGAGAAAAGACUUGGCUUGAGAGGAGUGCGGGUGCUGGCUGCUCUGGCGUUUUGGUUGCAGGUGGUUCAGAACAUGCCACAAACGUGGAGGUCCUCGUGUCAAGGACCAUAGGUGGGUCCCCCGCCUUCCCUCGCGCUCUGGUGACCAAGAAGCGUCUGCUCCAAGUCGAAGCAGGCCGGCUUCUCGGUGGCUUCCGUUCGCGUCCCUCCCGAAUACAAGAGGCGGUUUGGCAGCAGGCCCGGGAGCAUGCCUUGUUCUUUUCCCUGUGGGAUGUGAUUUGCUCCGAGGGAAGAGGAAGGUGCUUGGUGAUGCUGUGACCCUGAGUACAAAAGAUGCCUUUCGCCUUUGAAGCUCGCCUUUGACAGCCAUCUUACGGAGAGCCCAUCCAGUUCUCGUUGUGCAUCGGCUGUCUGUCUCCGUGAUCAUGGCACGUCUUCAGCUUAUAAGGAUCCUCGGGAUUCACUUGGAGAGCUACUGGCUUUCCCUUCUGGAAAUGUUUCUGUGACUUUCCCGAUCGGAGAAGGAGCUGGUCUGUCUGGCGCGAGGAUGUCUGCAAGGCAACGGAUCACGGCUGGGAAAGUCCCUUCCCCAGUCCAUGAUUUGCUUUGCCCAAACAGCAGCUGGGGGCUCUUCAAGCUUGCUGAAGUGUUGCACGGGAAGCCCUUGAAAGUCCUGGAGGGCCACAAGAGCAAAUGUGACGCUCCCAGGAACCCACUGGAUCCUGCUUGGAAGCUGUCGCCAACAUCCCAGCUGACCCACCGUGCCAUUGACAGAAACAUCCCUCCUGGGUGUUUGGCGUUUGGGGGACAUUUGUGGCCUCUUUGGGGUAUUUGGGAGAGGUUUAAAGAACAGGAAUGGGAGCGGGGGCCUCGGGAAGGGAAACCACCCUCGUUGCCCCCUUCGAACACCAAACAAGGGCGUCAAGUCACAUGACUGAAAUUUGAGUGUUUUGCUCCUGCGUUUCAUGAGCACCCUCUGAGGUUGUAAGGCAAAAGGAGGACCUGGGGGGGGUUAUACUGAGCGGUUUAUCUUCUGCGUAUAUUAACAUUUACUUAGCAGUUCCUAUUAGUGCUCCUAACCAAAGCUUAGUUACUUUUUUAGCUUGAUAAGCAUGCACCUUUUAAAGGUUUGGGGGCCGGACCCACAGGCGUUUUUAUUGAGGUUUGGGUAGCCCUCUAGGCACUGGGAUCCUAAAGGAGCAACGAAACUGGAGUUCUCAAGCUUGGAUAGUUGAGGAGGUCCCUAAGGGAGACGCAGGGGAACGCUGAAUUAAAAGAGAAUGUGCUUAGUUAAUUAACAAGCUUUAAGUAUUAUAUUGGUUAUCAAAUAGCAAGAGACUUUUAUACAGGGAGAGAUAAGCUUAAGCGCUUAAUUACUUGGGAAAAAUGACUCAGAAAUGUCUCUCCUCAGUGCUCUGUCCUGUUGUAGAGAUCCAUACGCUGGGGGAAAAACCAGGUUAGAAAACAGCCGAAGGUUUCUCUUGUUUGACUAGCUCCUGUUGCAUGUUCCAACCAAAGGAAGUCAAAAAGUAUGUUGUGGGUGCCACAUUCCUGGGGUUGUUGGACUACACUUCCCAGCAUUCCUAGGAAACCUGGCCGGUGGUGAUGAAUACUGAGCAUUGUUGUCCGGCAAAUUGGGAGUGUCACAAUGGCUUCUUCCUGGUGCAUAGAGAACUGCAGGGAAUCAGAGAGGUGUUUUAAGAAAGUGGCAGGUUAUCUGCAAAGCCCAAUUUCUGUAUUUAGGCUCUUGUUCUGCAGAAAAACACUGGAAGGAUUUAUUUAAUGUUUUUAGGCGACCAAAAGCUGCUCAUGAUGUUUGUUGUGCUGGGCAACCUGAUCAUCAGCCCAUGAUGACCUGGAUGGCGUAGGUUUUGGUCUUCGAACUCCAGUGAGGAAAUCUUCAGUUUUAUUAUGUUGAAAUUGGCUCCAUGACACUGUGAGAACCACGUAUGGCUCUUCAUACAGGAAGUUAUUUUGUGUCCUGUUUAAAUUGUCAUUUAUUCGUUGGAGAGAACUGAAAAUUGCUAGGAGUCGUAUCAACUUUUAAUGAUGUUCGUUUGACUGGCUACUUUUCAAGAAAUGUUUUCAGAAAAUGGAUAAAAUGGCAAGCAUGCUAUCUUGGCAAAAGUUUUAGCUUAAUCUAUGCUAAGUCUGCACCAAUGUUUGAUUUGUAAGAACAUGUCCAUGUUAACUAACAGUCCUCCUGUCUUUAAAAGUACUGGGUUUUGAUAUUUCUUAAAGUGGGCCUUCUUAUUCCUGAGAUGGUUACAAUUUCAGCAGCCACGGUUCCUCAGUUUGCUCCAGUCUCAUACUUUUCUGUAUUAAUUUCAGAGGACGCAGCAGCGGCAAAGGGCCUCCUCAGCCACCAAUCCCUUUUCAAGGCAUUUAUGCAAACAUGCGAAUGGUUCACAUACUCACAUCCGUUGUCGGAUCGAAAUGUGAAGUACAAGUGAAAAAUGGAAAUAUAUAUGAAGGAGUUUUUAAAACAUACAGCUCUAAGUGCGAUUUAGUGCUUGACGCUGCUCAUCGAAAAACGGCGGAAUCCAGCCUGGGGCCCAAACAAGAAGACAUAAUCGAGAGCAUCCUCUUCAAGUCUUCAGAUUUUGUCAUGGUGCACUUUAAAGACAUGGACUCCAGUUACGCACAGAGAGAUGCUUUUACGGAUUCUGCCAUCAGUGCUAAAGUUAAUGGUGAACACAAGGAGAAGGACCUUGAGCCUUGGGAUGGUGGAGAAGGUGCUACGGCCGACGACCUUGAAGCUUUAGAAACAGAUGUUUCCAAUGGAUGGGAUCCCAACGAUAUGUUUCGAUACAACGAAGAAAACUACGGAGUGGUGUCGACGUAUGACAGCAGUUUGGCUUCCUAUACGGUACCCCUAGAAAGAGAUAAUUCAGAAGAUUAUUUAAAGCGGGAAGCUAGAGCAACCCAGUUAGCAGAAGAAAUCGAAUCCAGUGCCCAGCACAAGGCUCGGGCGGCUUUGGAAAACGAUGACCGGUCAGAAGAAGAAAAAUACACCGCAGUCCAGAGAAACGCUGCCGAGCGAGAGGGCCACCCUGCUGCCCCCAGGGAGAACAAGUACAUCCCACCGGGCCAGAGGAAUCGAGACAUCCUUCCUUGGGGCCCCGGAAGGCAGAAUUCACCGAGGGCCGGCCCUUCUGGAUCGGGCCCCUCCGUGCCAAGACCCGGCUCUCACUCGUCGGACUACAGCCUCACCUCGGGGGCAGACCAGAGAAUUGUGAACGGAGGUGUUCCCUGGCCAUCGCCUUGCCCAUCUCCUUCCUCUCGCCCACCUUCUCGCUACCCGUCAGGUCCCAACUCUCUUCCGUCUCGGGCAGCCACCCCUACAAGGCCGCCCUCCAGGCCCCCCUCGCGGUCCUCCAGGCCCCCGUCUCACCCCUCUGCUCCUGGCUCUACUCUGCCUAAACGCAUGUCUUCAGAAGGGCCCCCCCGGAUGUCUCCGAAGGCGCAGCGGCACCCUCGAGGCCACAGAGUUUCGGCGGGGAGGGGCGUGAUUUCGAGCGGCUUAGAGUUCGUCUCCCACAACGUGCCAGGCGAAGCCAGCGCCCCAUCCGCGGCCCGAGGCAGCUCCUCAGGUGGGACGUGGUCCUCGGUGGUCAUGGGGGUUACCAGGUCCUCCCCCAAGGCACACAGACCCCGGUCUCCAAGGCAGAGCAGUGGGGGGGGGAUACCUUCUGGCCCAGCCUUGUCUUCCCCCCAAGCUGGCUCUACUCCAGCGGAGUUUGCCGCCACACCGGUUCCGGCGGCCUCUCCUACCCCUGCCAGUCCUGCUUCUAACAGAGCGGGCACCCCGUCUGCCGAAGCUAAAGACUCAAGGCUUUAUGAGCAGAGUUCCUCCCCUGCUGCAGCCAAGGAGCAUCUCAAGCCAAGCGAAGCGUCUCCUGCUUUUAGCAAGCCCGAAGGCAAAGGAGUUUCUCCAGCUGUUCUAGAACACAGAAAACAGAUUGACGAUUUGAAGAAGUUCAAGAAUGACUUUAGGUUACAAUCCAGUUCCACCCCAGAAACGGUGGAGCAGCUGCUGAGUAAAACCAGAGAUGGUGAAAAGUCCAGGGAGGCCCCCAAGGAGAAGAUGGACACCCUCGCUAAAGACUCGGGGGGCGAAGCUGGCGGCAGCGCCGCCCCCUUAGCCAGCGGGAGCAGCACCCCAAAUAGCCCCAGCCUUUCGCCCGCCAGCAGCCUGGCCGAGCAGAAGGCCGGGCCGGAGGUGACCUCGCAGGGCGUGCAGACCUCCGGCCCAGGAGCAAAGCAGGAGAAGGAAGAGAAAGAGGAGAAGCAGGAUGCCACUGAACAAGUAAGAAAAUCUACGCUGAACCCAAACGCCAAGGAGUUCAACCCUCGGUCUUUUGCUCAGCCCAAACCUUCCACCACGCCGACAUCUCCCCGUCCGCAAGCCCAGCCCAGCCCCUCCAUGGUGGGCCACCAGCAGCCUGCUCCGGUGUACACGCAGCCUGUUUGUUUUGCACCCAAUAUGAUGUACCCCGUUCCUGUAAGCCCAGGUGUUCAGCCUCUGUACCCCAUCCCCAUGACCCCGAUGCCAGUCAACCAGGCCAAGACCUAUAGAGCAGGUAAAGUAGCCAACAUGCCUCAGCAGCGGCAAGACCAGCACCCCCAGAAUGCCAUGAUGCACCCAGCCUCUGCCGCUGGGGCUCCCAUGGUCGCCACGCCGCCAGCUUACUCGGCCCAGUAUGUCGCCUACAGCCCUCAGCAGUUCCCCAGCCAGCCUCUCGUCCAGCACGUCCCCCAUUACCAGUCUCAGCACCCUCACGUUUAUAGCCCUGUCAUUCCGGGCAAUGCUCGGAUGAUGGCGCCGCCGGCGCACCCACAGCCUGGCUUAGUCUCUUCUGCCGCCGCACAGUACGGUGCCCACGAACAGACGCACGCGAUGUAUGCAUGUCCCAAAAUACCCUACAGCAAGGAGACAGGCCCUUCUUUCUACUUUGCCAUUUCCACCGGUUCUCUUGCUCAGCAGUACGCCCACCCCAGUGCCACCCUGCACCCGCACACCCCGCACCCGCAGCCUUCAGCCACCCCCACGGGGCAGCAACAGAGCCAGCAUGGGGGAAACCACCCGGCGCCCAGCCCAGUGCAGCCCCACCCGCACCAGGCGGCCCAGGCCCUCCAUCUGACGAACGCCCAGCAGCAGUCGGCACUCUACCACACCGGCCUCGCCCCGACGCCUCCGUCCAUGACCCCUGGCUCCAACGCACAGUCCCCGCAGAGCAGCUUUCCAGCAGCACAGCAGACCAUCUUCGCCAUCCAUCCUUCCCACGUCCAGCCUGCCUACACCAACCCGCCGCACAUGGCCCACGUCCCGCAGGCCCACGUGCAGUCAGGGAUGGCUCCUUCCCACCCUCCUACCCAUGCUCCAGUGAUGCUCAUGACGACGCAGCCACCACCCGGCGGAGCCCAGGCCGCUCUUGCGCAAAGUGCACUGCAGCACAUUCCAGUUUCGACAGCCACACACUUCCCCUAUAUGACACACCCUUCAGUUCCCACUCACCAUCAACAGCAGUUGUAAAGCUGACUUGGAGUAACUGAGGCUGGAUCCCUCUUUUUUUUUUUAAGGCCAAAUACCUUUCUUCUCUUGCUACAUCCAACUUGGAAGCACAGAAACAAAGCAAAGCAAAGCAAAACAAAAACUAGUAUUUCACUUAUUUUUGUUUUUAAGGCGGAAAAAAAAAGGUGUAACUUCCAGUAGGAAUGCUAAUAGCGCACCUUCCAGUGGGAGAAAUUUGGACUGAGUCAAAGGCAUGUUGAUCCCUCCCGGGACAAUUCCAUGAUUCCAUGUGUUGUGUCAAAAACUAGGACAACCCUGACCUCCUGCCCCAGUUCGCUUGCAGAAAAAGAAAAACUGGAAAAGCUAUUUAUUUUUUAAAACAGCCCUUCAGAGUUAUGAAUUCAUGAGCUGGAGAAUGAAGUGACGAGAGCGAUUCUUGUUGCCGUUCUCACUAAAAAUAAUAAUAGUAAAUAGUAAUUACAAAAAUCAAGACUCUAAACAAAAAUCCCUUUUACCGCUAACUAAACUUGAAAGAGGUUUGGGGGAAAAGAAAUCUAAUUGUCAAAUGGAUAUGGAUUUAUUAUUUAUAAAAUCAUGUUUGAGGGGGGAAACAACCACUGUCCCAAGGCAGCGGUGUAACUUUUAAGUUAAGAGGAAACUUACUUUGUAGAUAAUAUAAAA